AUGGCUACGCUUGCUAACAUUGAUGCUUUUAGUGGUUGCUGCGAAUCGGCAAAAGGAAAGGUGAAUCGUAUUCGGAACGCCAUUGAAGCUGCGCAUCUAGAUUAUAAGCGGUUUAGUAUACACGCAUUACAGUUGUAUAUGAAAACAGUUGACGCAGCUUAUCAAGAAUAUAACGAUUUUCAAAACAGAAUUUAUAUAGCUGAUCCUACGCGAAAGCAUGAGUUUGAACCGAAGUUUGUGGAAUUUGAAGAGCUUUACGAGUUCACUAGAAUUGCGAUUAAUGAAAUGAUCGACGAACACGGAAAGUCCCAGAAAGUAAUAAAGAUUGCGGAUGCUGAUAGUAAUCAACCGAAACCUGGUACCAGCGGCAGUGGCCCACCAGUUAGAGCAACCCCGACGAUAGUGCUGCAUCAAGCUGCGUUACCUAUUUUUGACGGCCGCUACGAUAAUUGGUUCAAGUUUAAACAGAUGUUUCGAGAUAUAGCAGAUAAGUAUACAGGUGACUCUGCUGCUACCAAAUUGCAUUUUUUGGACAAAGCUUUGGUAGGCAGGGCUCAAGGUUCUAUCGAUCAGCAAAUAAUCCGUGAUAAUGAUUACGAAGGCUCUUGGACGAGACUCACGCAGCAGUAUGAAAAUCUGCCAGCCUUAAUCAGCGAUACAAUUUUGAAGUUGUUGAAUUUAAAGAUGAUGACAAACGAAUCAUUCCAGCAGUUGAAAAUGGUUACAGAUGAAGUGGAAAAGUGUGUUAGUUCAUUAGAGUUUCAUGACUUGAAAAUGGACAAACUUUCUCAAGCUAUCAUAACUACACUUAUUUCGACGAAAUUGGACCCAGAUACAAGAAGAAUCUGGGAGUCGAAUAUAAAGCGCGGACAGUUACCAGUAUACAAAGAAAUGAUCGCUGUCUCGCGAAAUCAGCAACAUGUUUUGGAACGUUGUGAAAAUUACAAACCUGUGCAGAAAGGUAAGGGAGCUAAUUUGCUUGCACGACCUAUUCAACCAGCGGUGGCAAAGGCUCAUACCGUUACAAUUCAGAAGACCGAUGGCUGUUACGUAUGCAGUGAGAAUCAUUUGAUUGAUAAAUGUGAUACUUUUAAGAAAUUAAAUGUAGAGGAGCGAUACGAAAAAGCUAAGCAAAUUGGACUAUGCUUCGCGUGUCUGAAAAAAGGACAUAGAACGACGAAUUGCAAAAAUAGUACGAAGUGA